AUGACAAAUUCAACGAAUGUUGAUCAUGAAUUAGCAAUAAGAAUUGGUGAAUUACAUAUGAAUACAAAAAGAAAAUGUACAACUGAACUUGAAAAUCAAAUGGUUGCUAUUCCAUUAGCUGUACUUGAAGCAGCAGUAACAGCAGCAGCAACAGCAGCAGCCGAAGCAACAGCAAUAGCAGCAGCAGCAGCAACAGCGGCAGCAACAGCAACAGCAGCAGCAGAAGCAGCAGCAACAGCAGUAACAACAGCAGCAGCAACAGCAACAGCGGCAGCAACAGCAACAGCAGCAGCAGAAGCAGCAGCAACAGCAGUAACAACAGCAGCAGCAACAGCAGCAGCAGAAGCAACAGCAACAGCAAUAGCAGCAGCAACAGCGGCAGCAACAGCAACAGCAGCAGCAGAAGCAGCAGCAACAGCAGUAACAACAGCACAACAGCAAGUAGAAAAGAAAAGGAAUGAAGUGAAAAGAAAAUAUGGUUCUGAAUAA